AGUCAAGCACAAGUGGAGUAAGAUGUUUCCCUCAUUUCCCACCAUGACUGUACUUGUCCCGCUGUUGUCUUUAGCUGGCCUGUUAUAUUCAGCCAGUGUGGAUGAAAAUUUCCCUCAGGGCUGCACAAAUACAACCAGUAUAUGUUUCUACAGCCUGCUGCUUCCAAUUACAAUCCCAGUUUAUGUAUUUUUCCAUCUUUGGACCUGGAUGGGCCUUAAACUUUUUCGCCACAACUAGAUUCUGCUUAACUAUAAGAAGCUUCUUGGAAUAAAGAAUGGAGUGAUGCUUUUUGAAAAACCAUCUCUUAAUAUUUUGUCCCAUGUACCUGAAAUUAUCUUUUGAAACAGAGAUUAACUAUCUUCAAAUGCAAGUACAUCUAACUAAAUUGAAAAUUAGGGCAUGCUUACAGGCACUUUAGCAGUCUAGCACCAAAGUAGACACACAGGAAUAUCAAACAAGAAGUAAAAUAUCAAAUAUAGAAAUCAAACAACAGUAUGAAGUGAUACACUUCACACAAUGAAGUGAUACGUAUUUCAACAAAAGAUCUUAGGCAUGCAACAAGGCAAUCUAGAUGUGUCUGGUUGUGUAGGGAAUGUAAUUUUUCUGGUCUUUGGUGAAAAAAACCCUGCAGGGUUAUUCCAAAAGACAGUUUCAUUACCUAAUUAUUUCAGGAAAUUAUUAAUAUACCCUGUGUGUGCAACAUAGUGCUUUGAUUGUCAAACUCAUGGAUGAAAGAUUUGAAUAUGUAACAUGGACAUAGGUAUACUAUAUAGAGAGUUCUUGGUUUACCAAUGAUGUAAAGUUAGACAUAGUAAUGAACAGCUUCUAGGAUUCCUCUGCUCUAUUGUUCUGCAGGGACCCAGAAUUUUGAAUUCAGGUCCACAAAUAAAUUAGAGUGAUGUGUCAUGAAACUUAUCACUAAAUGAAAAAUAAUGGAACUGAAUAGGAAAUUGUUUCUAAUAAAGCAUCUGCAAGGCCUAUGUAUUUUUA